AACUGAAGUUUUCCAGUCUAUGGAAUACCAUAUUUGCAAGAAAAUAGCAAAAGUGGUCAUUGAAAAACUCAAAGAUGGAUCACCAACAUCAAGUCAACAAAACGGAUUUCAGGUAAAGAUUGAGAGAGGAAUAUGUGAAACCAAUCACAUCAAAGAAGAGCCACAACCAAACUCCAAUCAGAUGGCGACAGUUACUGUUAAAAAGGAGGAGGAGGAGGAGGAGGAUGAUGAUAGCAGCCAUCAACCAGCUGCAGUGGAAGAUGAUUGCAGCCAACAACAUUAUCUAAUCCCUGGCUACAACAUGAUUUUCAUUAAAGAGGAGGCAUAUGAUGAGCAGGAUGCUGAAGAGAAUUCAGUAAAGACCGAACCAGAGAUGUGGCCUUCAAACUGCAGCACAUCUGGCCGAGACUAUACAACAGAAAGUCAAACUGCAGUUUUCCAGUCUAUGGAAUACCAUAUUUGCAAGAAAAUAGCAAAAGUGGUCAUUGAAAGACUCAAAGAUGGAUCACCAACAUCAAGUCAACAAAACAGAUUUCAGGUAAAGAUUGAGAGAGGAAUAUGUGAAACCAAUCACAUCAAAGAAGAGCCACAACCAAACUCCAAUCAGAUGGAAUCAGUUUCUGUUAAAAUGGAGGAGGAGGAGGAUGAUAGCAGCCAGCAACCAGCUGCAGUGGAAGAUGAUUGCAGCCAACAACAUUAUCUAAUCCCUGGCUACAACAUGAUUUUCAUAAAAGAGGAGUCAUAUGAUGAGCAGGAUGCUGAAGAGAAUUCAGUAAGGACCGAACCAGAGAUGUGGCCUACAAACUGCAGCACAUCUGGCCGAGACUAUGCAACAGAAGUGGGUGGACUGAAUGAGCAUUCAACCUCUCCAGUGGAGAAGUGCACUGAGUCAUCUGUGGCUGGCAAAAAGACCAAGCUCUACAGCUGUGCUCACUGUAGCUAUAAAACACCCUGGUUCAGUCAUUUGAAGAGACACAUUCGAAAACACACUGGAAAAAAACCUUUCAGUUGCAAAUUUUGUGAAUAUAAAUGUGCCCAGUUAGGUAAUUUGAAAGUGCAUAUCAGAACACAUACAGGAGAAACUCCCUUCAGCUGCGAAUUUUGUGAUUUCAAAACUGCUCGUUCAAGUUCUUUAAAAGCACAUAUCAGAACACAUACUGGAGAAACUCCCUUCAGCUGCGAAUUCUGUGAUUUUAAAACUGCUGAUUCAAGUUCUUUGAAAAGACAUAUCAGAUCACAUACAGGAGAAACUCCCUUCAGCUGCAAUUUGUGUGACUAUAAAUGUGCUGAAUCAAGUAAUUUGAGAAGACAUAUCAGAACACAUACAGGAGAAACACCUUUCAGCUGCAAUUUUUGUGAUUUCAAAACUGCUAAUUCAGGUCAUUUGAAAGUACAUAUGAGAACACAUACAGGAGAAAAACCUUUCAGCUGCGAUUUUUGUGAUUUCAAAACUGCUCAUGCAAGUACUUUGGAAGCACAUAUCAGAACACAUACAGGAGAAAAACCUCUCAGCUGUGAAUUUUGUGAUUUCAAAACUGCUCGUUCAAGUUCUUUGAAAAGACAUAUCAGAACACAUACAGGAGAAACUCCCUUCAACUGCGAUUUUUGUGAUUAUAAAUGUGCCCAGUCAGGUACUUUGAAAGUACAUAUCAGAACACAUACAGGAGAAACUCCCUUCAGCUGUGAAUUUUGUGAUUUCAAAACUGCUCGUUCAAGUUCUUUGAAAAGACAUAUCAGAACACAUACAGGAGAAACUCCCUUCAGCUGCGAAUUUUGUGAUUUCAAAACUGCUCGUUCAAGUUCUUUAAAAGCACAUAUCAGAACACAUACAGGAGAAACUCCCUUCAGCUGCGAUUUUUGUGAUUAUAAAUGUGCCCAGUCAGGUACUUUGAAAGUACAUAUCAGAACACAUAUUGGAGAAACACGUCUCAGCUGCGAAUUCUGUGAUUUCAAAACUGAUCAAUCAAGUAAUUUGAAAACUCAUAUCAGAACACAUACAGGAGAAACAUCUCCUAGCUAAGUAUUCUGUGACCAUACAUGCACUUAUUCAAAUGUUACAUCUAAUUCCAUACUAAGAAAACACUUGCUGAAAAUGUCUCACAUUAGACUGCUGCAUUAUAAAGUGAGCCCCCUAUUAAUGUUGGUUUCUAUCCUUGUCUAUCAUUAGACAAAGCAGAAAGCUCUAUUCUUUUCUAGACUCUUUCCAUUCUCAAAUUGUUUGUAUACUAUGAAUGAGUAUAAUGAUUACCAGAAUAUUUUAUUCCAAUUCAGCUUAUUCACAAUAAAUGCUAACAGUAUAGAGUGAAUCUUUCUUUUGUUUCAUAGAAAUCUAGAUCAUAGAAUAAUAAUAACAAAAGUUCCAGUUGCAAGAAUCUUUGAAAAUUUCAAUUUAAUUAGUCUCUACAGCUGUUCAGAUUUGGUUUAAACAUUCACUUU